AUGGCUGAGGCCCAAUACCAACCCAGCCGUUACCAGCAGCAGCAGCAGCAACAACAGAGUGAUCAACAAGCUAAGUCCACUCAGAUUGUGAAGACCGCCACCGCCGUCACCGCCGGUGGCUCCCUCUUGAUCCUCGCCGGCUUAAUCUUAGCUGGCACUGUUAUUGCUCUCACCAUCGCUACCCCACUGUUUGUUAUUUUCAGUCCGGUGCUGGUUCCGGCGGUGCUCACGGUGGCGCUCUUGUCCUUGGGGUUCUUGGCGUCCGGCGGAUUCGGUGUGGCUGCGAUCACGGUGUUAGCGUGGAUCUACAGGUACGUGACAGGUAAGCAUCCACCUGGCGCUGAUCAAUUGGACACUGCACGACACAAGCUGAUGAAUAAAGCGCGGGAGAUAAAGGACUAUGGACAGCAACAAAUCAGUGGAGGACAGCAAGCUUCCUAA